AUCGGGUUAUUCCGGUUUUUAUAAAUUGUUAUGUCAUUACGUCUAAAGCGCUAUAAAAACCCCAACUAGAGCACUUCAACAGCUCCAGUUGAAUCAAAGUUUAAACCACUCAGGUCUGAAAAACGCCUCAGACCGCUUGAAGAAACACUUGAACGAUGCAAAUAUUGAAAAAGAAUAAGAAAUCCUCCAAGCGUGGAGCACUUAUCCUACACCAAUUUGCUCCGACAGAGUUAUCAGUUAGUGGUUCACCGCCUUGUCUGAAGUUGGAAACUUUCCUUCGUAUGACAAAGAUCCCGUACCAGAAUGACUAUCGCUUGAAGUUUUCCAAGAAGGGAAAAAUGCCGUGGAUUGAGUUUAAUGGGCAAGAAAUCGCUGAUUCCAAUUUUUGUAUUCAGUUCCUGAAAAGGGAAUUUAAAGUGGACAUUGAUUCUCAUUUGAACAGCACGGAAAAAGCCAUCUCUCAUAGUGUUCGGACCAUGCUAGAGGAAAACACUUAUUGGGCUCUUGUUUACUGCCGUUGGCUGUCUGCAUUUGGAGCAGAAUAUCGAAGGAGGGUGUUCACGAAAAAGUUUGGCCAUCUCGUCUUCCCCCUUAAACAUCUGAUAGCUCGCCAUAUAACGAAGAGAAUCAAACGGGAUCUAUGGGGACAUGGCAUGGGUCGACACUCGGAACAAGAACUGUAUGGAAUCGCGCAGAGAGAUUUACUAGCAGUCUCGGAAAUUUUAGGCCAGAAGAAAUUUCUGUUUGGAGACAAACCUUGCCUUGCAGAUGUAGCACUGUUUGCCUUCAUUGCUGCAUCCGCCUGGGACCUUCCAGAAAGUCCGUUUGACGAACUUAUCAAGACAAAAGCACAGAACCUUCAUACGCAUGCUCAGAGGAUGAAAGAGCUUUAUUACCCAGACUGGGAUGAAAUCAUCUCGAGAAAUGCGACAUCUAGCUAAGAGCUCAGUCAGACUAAAUGUCAUCCACUAAAGGGAAGAUAACGAAAGGAAGAAAUUGACGUCAUCAGAUUUUACCGAUUAAAAUCUUAGACAAGUUAUCAACGUGUAAAUACCUGUUUAUAGAUUUGUAAAUACUUAUUUAAAUCUUGGUUAUAGCCUAUCCUUGCGAUAUAGUGCUCGAUGUGUUUGCA